AUGGCUCUAGUUCAGGUCAUUCUUCCAGCUCUGGCCAACAUGGUUCAGGAUCUGGUCAGUCCUCUAGCUCUGGUCAGACUGGGUCCAGCUCAGGUCACACUUCUAGCUGUGGCCAACACAGAUCCAGUUCUGGUCAAAAUUCUGGCCAUGGUCAACAUGCGUCAACCUUCUAGCGGUGGCCAACAUGGCUCUGGAUCAGGUCAGUCUUCAAGCUGUGGCCAACAAGGAUCUAUAUCUCCUGAGUCUGCUAGCUAUGGACAACAUGGAUCAACUCAGUCUUCGAGCCAUAGACAACAUGGCUCUGGUAACAUUCAGUCCCCUAGUCCUGUUCAACAUGGGUCUGCAUCAGGUCAAUCUUCCAGCUGUGGCCAACACAGCUCUAGCUCUGGUCAGUCUUCUGCCCCUGGUAAAAAUGAGUCAACUCAGUCUUCCAAUUCUGGGGACCACGGAUCAAGUUCAGGUCAGUCUUCUACCUGUGGAAAACAUGGUUCUGCAGCAGGUCAUUCUUCUAGCUCGGGCCAAGACAAGUCAAAUCAGUCUUCAAGACAUAGACGACGUGGGUCUAGUUCAGGUCAAUCUUCCAGCUGUGGUCAACACAGCUCUAGCUCUGGUCAGUGUUCUGCCCCUCGUAAAAAUGAGUCAAGUCAUUCUUCCAAUUCUGGGCAUCACGGAUCAAGUUCAGGUCAGUCUUCUAGCUGUGGGAAACAUGGUUCUGCAUCAGGUCAGACCUCCACUUAUGGACAACAUGGUUCUGCAUCAGGCCAUUCUUCUAGCUCUGGCCAAGACAAGUCAAGUCAUAUUUCCAGUAAUAGGCAACAUGAGUCUAGUUUAGGUCAGUCUACCAGCUGUGGCCAACAUGGUUCUGGAUCAGGUCAGGCCUCCACUAGCGGACAACAUGGCUCUGGAUCAGGCCAUUCCUCUAGCUGUGGCCAACAUGGAUCUAGCUCUAGUCAGUCAUCUGGCCAUGGUCAACAUGAGUCAAGUCAGUCUUCGAGUCAUACACGACAGGAGUCUAGUUCAGGUCAGUCUUCCACCUGUGGCCAACACAGUUCUGGAACGAGUCAAUCUUCUAGCUGUGGUCCAGACAAGUCAAGUCAGUCUUCCUCUAAUAGGAAACAUGGCUCUAGUUCAGGUCAUUCUUCCAGCUCUGGCCAACAUGGUUCUGGAUCUGGUCAGUCCUCUAGCUCUGGUCAGCCUGGGUCCAGCUCAGGCCACUCUUCUAGCUACGGCCAACACACAUCCAGUUCUGGUCAAAAUUCUGGCCAUGGUCAACAUGCAUCAACUGUGGCCAACAUGGCUCUGGAUCAGGUCAGUCUUCUAGCUGUGGCCUACAUGGCUCUGGAUCAGGUCAGUCUUCUAGAUGUGGCCAACAUGGAUCGACUCAGUCUUCGAGCCAUAGACAACAUGGCUCUGGUAACAUUCAGUCCCCUAGUCCUAUUCAACAUGGGUCUGCAUCAGGUCAAUGUUCCAGCUGUGGCCAACACAGCUCUAGUUCUAGUCAGUCUUCUGCCCCUGGUAAAAAUGAGUCAACUCAGUCUUCCAAUUCUGGGGACCACGGAUCAAGUUCAGGUCAGUCUUCUACCUGCGGAAAACAUGGUUCUGCAGCAGGUCAUUCUUCUAGCUCUGGCCAGGACAAGUCAAAUCAGUCUUCAAGACAUAGACGACGUGGGUCUAGUUCAGGUCAAUCUUCCAGCUGUGGCCAACACAGCUCUAGCUCUGGUCAGUCUUCUGCCCCUCGUAAAAAUGAGUCAAGUCAGUCUUCCAAUUCUGGGCAACACGGAUCAAGUUCAGGUCAGUCUUCUAGCUGUGGGAAACAUGGUUCUGCAUCAGGUCAGACCUCCACUUAUGAACAACAUGGUUCUGCAUCAGGCCAUUCUUCUAGCUCUGGCCAAGACAAGUCAAGUCAUACUUCCAGUAAUAGGCAACAUGGGUCUAGUUUAG